AUGGAAGAGGAGCUAGAGCUGUUGGAGCAAAUGGUACAACGUCAGCCGUGCCUGAUUUUGGAGCCAAUCGCCGAGCCGACCACCGAGACAAUCACGACAACCACCACACCCCCGCCUACCACCGCAGCAAAGACAGCAACCAACGCCAGGAAAACACCCGGAGUCCACGUCCGAGAAAUCCAGGAGGUCAGACUACAUUUAGUCAAAAAGGUCGAGCCAUACGACCCGACCAAGCCCGGAUUUAAGAGACCAACCAAACGGCCCAUAAUCCGACCGGACAGCGCCAGUUUAAUGGGACUCGCGAAGCCAGUGACAGCCACCAACCCGGGCCCACGCAUACGCAGUCCCCAGUUGGCAGCUAAACCACCUCAGAGGGCAGAAAAGCCGCUUGAAGUGCCACCAACCACGGCACCGACCGACACAAACGAAGUUUGGCCUGCUCGAGCUACCACCAGUUUCCCCAAGCGAAAGCGGAGGGUUGGGGAAAAUAGCCAGCUCAGGAAGUGGCCCAAACUGGACUCAUCUCCAAAGAACGGUUUCCAGUUGGAACCAGCCACCACGGUUGCCAAGAAAUCUGGCAUAAGAAGAUCCGGGACACCUAAAAAAGGGAAAAGAGUUAUCACCAACCCGGGCCCACUCAAGAUGAGCAGUCCCCAGUUGGCCAUAACAAAGCCGAAGCCGACCACCAGCAGUACCCUCGAGCAGCCGAGAGUCGCCAUUGGAACUGGAAGAAAAAUAGGAGUGGUUAUUACCAACCCGGGCCUACGCGCACGCAGUCCCCAGCUGGAAACAACCACAGCAACCUGGCUCGAGUACGACGACGCACCACUAUUGUCCGAGUACCCGAGCCAGUUUGAGUCACUGCCAGGAGAUCUUUUUGAACCACCGAGGAAGAUACGGACACCUCUGGAAAGACUCCUGUUAUCCUUGACACCACUGGCAGAGGUACAGCCGAAAGUGGUUAAGAAAAAGGCAGUUUUCACCGCGUACGACGAUGCAUUAAGCCUGUACAAGGUGACAAGGUGCAAGUAUUCACGGACACCCAAGAUCGAGUCAAUGGGAAAGACGGCCUGGGACAUGCUGGCCAGACUCAGAGAACGGGAAGAAUAA